UUUCUAAAAGCGGUAGACGAAAUAGGAAUUUGAGAUAACUUUCACCGUGGUAUAUAUGAAAAAUAUUAUUAUUAACAGAUGGCGCUACUGUAUGAUAACGGAAGUUCUCUAGCAGACCAGUUGAAUAAUAGUUUAGCGGUAAAAAUGUCUUAUUGUGUUGAAUUAAAAGGCGGUUCUCCUUGGGGAUUUCGACUCCAAGGUGGGCGAGAAUUUGGAGAGAAAUUAAAAAUAGGAAGGUUGAGCCUUCUAGGAAAAGCAGGAGAAACAGGAAUGCAAGUCGGAGAUAUCUUAAUGGAAAUUAAUGGCAAGUCUGUAACUGAUUUAACUCAUGAACAAUCUGUCAACUUGAUCAAAAAUAGCAUUGAAACCUUAAAUUUACGAUUGAAAAGAGAUAAAACGAACGACUGCCAACAAAAUUCACCUGCAAAAUUUCAAGUGUGUCCCGCUUUAACUACGUCGAAUGCUCUGGAAAGAGAAGAUGAGACCAUAAUGGAUGAUGAUAAUAUAUCAUUCAGUUCAGAAACAGAUUCUCAACCAGGAACCUUUAAUAUGAAAAAACCAUUACAUCUCAAACAAAAAAGUGGUCCGUCAAUCAACCACGAAAGCAAAUGUUCAGAUAUAGACAAGCUAAAUUCUUUGGAUAUGCAGGAAAAACAGAAUUCAACACCAAUUACGUGGCAAGAAGCGAAAUUAAUGCCACUCAGGGCCAACUCUCAAAAAGAAUUACUUAUUGAUACUUCAAGUCCUACUCGAAUUGCAUCUCCAAUUUUAUCUCCAGCUCAAAGGCGGUCGCUACUGGCCGGAUCUUCGCCUGGAGAACGAAUUCCCCCAGUAAUCUUACAACCAGACAUAUUACUUAAACAAUCAAAGAAAUCUUCAAACGGCGAAACCCUAUCAACAAAAGAGGGAAAAACUUCCGGAAGUAUUAUUAAUAAAGAGAUAUUGAGGAAUUCAAAUGAUAAUUUGGAAGAAUAUGAGAGUUGUAAUACUUCUUCAUUCCGAAAUAUUGAUAAAAAUCUAGGCAAUUAUUCUCGUGGAAUGUCACAUUCGAACUUAGUUUAUGACUCUUUUUCAAAUGAUCAACCUAUUCAAAAGUAUUUUGUCAGAAGAGAACCGCAAUAUAAUCAAUCGCCAUCAUCAUCGUAUUCUUAUACGGCAACAGGAAAGGGAAAUAUAAUACCCCACCAUAAAUUAAUUGCUAGGCAAUCGCCAGAUUGUACAGCAAGUUGUGAUAGAUCGUUAACACCUACUUUAAUGUCAUUCAGCAACCCUGUUAAUUUUAGGGAACUUAGAGAUCGUCAAUGCAAACGAUCGAUAACUCCUAUUCUAAACUCGAAAGGGGGGGAGUUAAAUAACCAUUUUAACCACUCUUUCAACCAUCUAGAAGAAGUGCAACUUAGACCCACUUCUUACUCGCAGGAAACGUGUCUUAUAGGUCCCGAUUCAAAAAUUAACGAACCUUUUAUUGAGGACAAUUACUUGGGUAAUGGCAAGUCUUGGAGCUCAAAAAAAACUAUUAGCAAAUUAGACGAAGAGGAAGAAACUUUUACCCAACCUGUAAAAUCAAACGACAGUUACAAACAACAUUAUUGCCAUACCGCAAACAUAAAUUAUGAAAAGUGUUAUUCCCCCAAUAACUUUGAGUAUUAUAAAGAAGAAUAUGUGCCUAAUACAAAAAGUCCAGGGAGAAUAUCUUCUCCCUUCUUAAGUCAUGAUAGCAAUGAUAAUAUUAGCAGAAAUUUUAAUUUCAACGGACAGGGAAAAAGAGAAGUGAAGCUAGAUCAAACUAAAGUUGAUUGGUUAUCCUCUCAGGAAAAUAGUUCCGCUCUAGAAGCUGCAGUCAAUGCUAAUAAGUUUACCGAUUUAAAAGUAGGAGUGAUCUCUUCAAGUGAAACAACAUCUGCCCGUAAUACCUUUUUAGUAAAUGAUAGUUCAUCAUCCAAAUUUCAACCUAAAGGAAAAAAGUUUGAAUAUCAUGAUUGUGCAUCGCCACAAUUUAAGAAGACAGAUUGUUCACUGGAGAAAGUGCAGUUGAAAGAUCAAUUAAAAACUCCACAAAUUCAGACAAUGUCUAGUCCUGCAAUGCCCAGUCCUGCGCUAAAUUACUCUGUCCUGCCAAAAACAUCCGAUAUCACAGAGGCUAUAAAUAAUCUGACUUUAAAACUUAACUCAAAUGUUGAUAUCUUAGGGACAGAUUGCCAGCAAAGUAGUAAAUACAUUUUAAGCACGCCACUAAAGGGUAAUAAGGAAUCUUUUAGAAAACAGGGUUAUAGAAAAAUCUCUGUUCCCUCUCAUGAUUACUCUUAUGACGGUCUAACAGGAAAUCAAGAACAAUUGCAUAGUUGGGAACUUAAUGACGAAGAUACUAAGAAUAUACUUUCCACUUCCCCUCUAACUAUUUCUUGUAACAAAACGCUCAAAAUAGGCAAACAAGUUCAAUCGUCAUCGCAUCAUGCCUUAAAGCUAACUCGUUUACAGUCUACCACACCUGAAAUCGAACGGCCUUCCAGCCCAAUUGUUUCAACUUUUACAGCAAAAAGGGAAAGUUAUGGAAUCAAUUGGCAAAAAAACAGCAACAUUCAAUUAAUGCUAGAUAAUAACACUAAUACAACAAGCAGUUUAUCAAAAUCACUCAAUCCACCUAUUAUAAAUCACGAAAAAAGAAAAGAUAAUUAUCCCCCUGAAGACUUCAUUGGUAGCAUCGAAAAGAGAAUCAGAAAUGAUUCGCAGAAAGCUGAUCAAAUAGAAAGGAAUGUUGACCAAAGACCCGCUGAAAAAUCUUACAACUGGUUAACAGAAACGUCGUUAUCUAAUAGGAAUAGAAAAGAUUUCAAUGAAGAUCUAUCGUCUGAAAAUCACUCUUUUCUAUAUAACGAUCGAUCCCCAAGAGAUACGUUUACUAAUGAGAAGAGAUUAUCAUCAAGUUCAAGAUCGGGGGUUAACGAAAAAGAGCAAAAAAAUUGGUAUAGACAAGUAUUUAAAUCGUUGCACAAAAAGAAACCCGAGCAAGAAAUGAACACUUAUGCACCUACUUAUAAAUUUUCAGAUUUUGAAUAUCCAAAAUUUUCAGAUCCAUCGAGAAAUAAGUUUAGUUCAACAGAAGAUUCUCAUCCUAGUGAAAAUCUAUAUUCGAGGCGAAUACAAACUCAAUAUGAUCAACCUCGUUUAAGAGAGCACGAUCGUUGUUCACCCGCAGAAAAGUGUAUAAAAAAAAAAAGUUCGUUUUUCGAUAAGAGGCAGUGUAAAAGGAAUCGUUUCAAGGAUUUACGAUUUUGUGAACCAAAUAAAGAAACUUUUUAUAAUCGGGCAAGUAAUGAAAAUUCGAUUCGAGAUCACUCAGAGGAUAUUAAGAGGCCCGUAAUGUAUACACCCCACGAAUUAAACGGAAUAGCUAGGGCUAAAUACAAUUUUACGGCUGAAAAAAAGAACGAAUUGACAUUAAAGAAGGGUGAUAUGAUCAAUCUCGUUCGGCAAAUAGACCAAAACUGGACUCAAGGUCAAUGCAAUGGGCAUAUAGGUGUUUUUCCAACAAAAUAUGCUGAAUAUCUAGGCCAUCCCGAAUCAGAAAUAUACAUUAAGGAAAUCACAGCAGAAAGGGCGUUGGCAUUAUAUAAUUUUAAACCACAAACUGAUAUUGAAUUGCCUCUUCGCAAGGGCGAAACAAUCAAGUUAAUCCGAAGAGUUGAUCAAAAUUGGUGGGAAGGUCAAAUUGGAAAUAGACAAGGAAUUUUUCCGUCAUCAUAUGUAAAAGUAAUUACAUUUCCCCCUAACCAAAUGAAUGAUUUUAUUAAUGGGGAAGUCUUACAUACAUCAAGCAACGACGGAUACUCGUCUUCCAAUUCAUAUAUAAAUAUGAAAAAGCAGACGCAUGAUGAAGGAAAGAAUCUAUAUCGAGCUCUAUUUAAAUAUGUUCCCCAAAGUUAUGACGAACUAGCAUUGGAAGAGUCAGACUUAAUCAGCAUAACGGAAAUUUGCCGUGAUGGUUGGAUGGUGGGAGAGAAUAAGAGAACGGUGCCAUCUGGUGUUAUAGAUAAUAAAGACGUUGUCGUCGACGUCGCUCGCAUAUGUCAACAGUUUUUGACGAUGCAAAAAGCGGUUCGCGUGAAUGAAUCGCAACUUUUGUACUUGUCGAGCAAAGCGAAACAGGAAAAUACAAAGUGCGGAUAUUUGCAUAAGAAGAGCGUCGAUACUGGAAAAUGGCAGCAAAGAUACUUCAUCCUCUACCAGAAUCUACUGUUUUAUUACGAGAAUGACCAGAUCGUUCGACCGUCCGGCGUCGCAUUGCUGGAAGGUUCCUACUGCGACCGCGUCAUUACCCCUGGAAAAGGUGCUGACAAACAGUACUGUUUCGCAAUCUAUUAUCGGAGGGAGGGACAACAGUCGAGGCAAUAUGACAUGCGAGCAGAAACCGAGGCCGAAUGUUCCGUAUGGGUAGAUGCCAUUAAGCAGGCAAGCUUCGCCAAAGUCGUCGAGCAAAAAGAGUGCUUGGAGAAGAAGCACUCUCAUUUACUGCAGAUCUUGGAGAGCGAACGACAGGCGAAAUGGCACUAUGUUCAACAAACGGAAGAGUUGAGCGCCGAAGUGAAGCAACUAAAGUGCGAAAUGAAGGACUACAAACGCGAAAGACGCGCCUCCGGCGGCGAGCAAUCGUUAGAGGAGGAAGGCGAGGAGAUUCGCAAGAUUAAGAAGGUUCAAAGUUUCUUCCGCGGUUGGCUAUGCAGACGUCGCUGGAAGCAGAUAGUUGACAAGUACAUACGUUCUGAACACGCAGAGUCGAUGCGCAAGCGUAAUUCGAUCGUUUUUCGAUUGGUCGAACAAGAGGAAGAGUACGUCCAGCAGUUGUCCGCCUUAGUCACUGUCUUUCUGCGGCCACUUCGAAUGGCUGCCAGCAGUAAGAAGCCGCCGAUUACGCACGAGGACGUCAAUAGUAUUUUCCUUAAUGCGGAAACUGUCUUGUUCCUCCAUCAAAUCUUCUUAAAGGGUCUUAUGGCGCGUAUGGAGAAUUGGCCCACUCUAGUACUUGGUGACCUCUUCGACAUGCUUCUUCCGAUGCUUGGGAUCUACCAGGAGUAUGUUCGUAAUCACCAUUAUAGUUUGCAGGUUCUAGCAGAGUACAAGCAAAAGGCAGAGUUCAAUAUGCUCCUUAGACGCUAUGAGGAAAAGUCAGUUUGUGAGGGUCGAACUCUAGAUCAAUUUCUUACUUAUCCAAUGCAUCAGAUUCCCAGAUACAUCAUUACAAUCCACGAACUACUAGCUCACACGCCGCACGAUCAUGUGGAACGUAAGAGCUUGGAGUACGCCCAGGGCAAGCUGGAAGAGUUGUCACAAAUCAUGCAGGAUGAAGUUAGUGAAACGGAGAAUAUCCGAAAGAACUUGGCAAUUGAAAGGAUGAUUGUCGAAGGGUGCGAUAUUCUUCUAGAUGUCAAUCAAACGUUUGUUCGUCAAGGGACACUUAUUCAAGUUAUAAACGAACCCCGCAAGAAUAGUAGAACCCGUCUUGGUUCUUUCUCUUCAACAUUUAAAGAGUCUAAGAAAGAAGCUGUGAGACAAGUCUUCUUGUUUACUAAUCAUAUGCUUUUGACAACCAGAGGAUCGUCAGGACGCUUACAUUUAGCAAAGAAUGAAGACAUCUCAUCGUGGAAAAAAGUGAUAAGGGAUUCUGGCGGGAAGACUUACGGAAAAAUUUCAUUAUCCGAUUGCACGCUAGUAGAAGAUACGAGUUCGGAUACGUUCUACUACGACGAAGAGGAUUAUAGCAAUGUUCGAGCUGGAGAUAGCCUUCUCCCCACAGCCGCCCAACAAGAUAAAGCCGACUACAACGGAUUAGAUUUUCGAUUAAUUGUUGACAAUCGUACUCAAAAUGGUCAACCUUGGCUCAUAACUCUAGUGGCAAACAGUGUUCAAGAGAAGGCUGCAUGGUGUUCUGACAUAUCGAGCUGCAUUGAAAACCUACAUUAUUCCGAUCUUCUGCAAACCUCAAUGGCUGAAACAUCGGCUGUUACGAUGCCUCAACAAGUACGCUCUGAUCCUAAACUCUUCCGAGACGAUAUUGACAUCAAGUUCUCGAGAACGCUCAAUUCGUGUAAAGUACCACAAAUUCGGCACGCGACCGUCGAGAGAUUAUUAGAUCGUUUGACUGAUCUGCGCUUCUUGUCAAUCGAUUUUCUUAACACCUUUCUACUAACUUAUAGAGUGUUUACGUCAGGCACUGAUGUAAUUUGCGCUCUUCGAAAGGUUUAUCAUUCACCUAUAGAGAACGCUAAAGUUCCUAUAACAACAGAUGAGAAAUGCGGACAUGAUGUAACGCACAGACACUCGUUCGAUCAUGAAAUGCUUAGAAACGCAGCAGGGAGUCCACCCUCCAAUUUUCAUGGACGUCUUGCUCCCAAAGAUAAUAAACUACUCAUUAAACCACAAGCCGAAAAGGUUCGUCGCAUUUCAACGGGCGGUUUGCGUAUUGAAGUGACGGGCGAAAAGCAAAAGAUUGAUGUUUCCGGAGCUAGUUCGUUUACUCGGUAUGACCGAGCCGAUUCAAUAGAAGAGGUCGAUGAACCCCCUGCCUUGUAUAUACCAACUAAGGCAAAGUUGGCACCGAUAGCUAGCUGCGAAACGUUAAGUGAUCAAAUUCAAAAAACCCCCGAACGUGCAUCAAGUAGUGGGGACGAUGACGAUGAUGACGAUGACAAGGAAACCUUAAUGCCUCUUGCUGUUCUCAGUAGACGAACUGCCGUUCGAUUUUCAACAACCCCACCAGGAGAGAGUUCAACUGAUCCAGAAGAACCGAAAAUAUUGAAAACAGUCCGUCGUGCUACGAGUCCUUGCACAAGUAUUCCACCUCCAAUUAUUCAACAGAAAAGGGCUUCUUCACCGCAAAUUAUCGCGACUAGAUCACCUGUGGGAAGCCCAAAAACGAAACGCCCUCCGUCUCCAAUUUCUUACUCUUUCUCUUCCCCAAAUAUGAUUCCUGGUAUAAAGCACUCAACUGACACUUUCUCUCCAAGAACAAGCUUUGCUUGUCCACCGUCUGAUGGUUCUCCGCCGACGGCCAGAGCAGGAGCUGUCGUUACUUCUUCAAGGGCAUCAAAACGCCGUUCAAGUAGCACUGCAGCAACAGCGGCCUUUGCUGCAGCCACGGCUGCUUCUUCUACUCCUCCAGACGUUCAUCGACCUUCUCAAUUGUCAAAUGAGCUCAAAGUGGAAAGAUUGCAUAAAAAGCGAGAGUCAGUGUUGAAUACGGCUGCAACAAUGCGUGUUCUAAAUGUUAUACGUCACUGGGUGAGCAAAUUCUGGCAGGACUUAGAGCACGAUGAUGUAUUACGUAAAGAGGUUCAAGAUCUCUUAGAGGAAAUGGUUUGUAACACCUCGUUACUACCCGCCGAACACAAAGCUGCCGCCUCUAUAUUGAAGAUGUGUACCCAAGAACAGGCAAACUCUAUUAAAAUUGACUUGAACUCUCUUUUAGCACCUCCGUUGCAGCCGACCAAAGAUUCUUUUGAAUCAUUAUCUGCUCUAGAUAUUGCCGAACAAAUGACCUUCCUUGAUCAUAAAAUCUUCGUGUCUAUUCGUUCUAUGGAGUUGCUCAGUCAGGCUUGGAUGAAGGACAAGGAAAAAGCUCCGCAUGUCCUACUAGUAUCAAAACGUUUUAAUGAUAUGAGCCGAUUAGUCGUAUCUGAAAUUGUAUCGAGGACAAGCAUGCAGGAGCGUGUAGCAUGUAUUGAAAAAUGGGCUGCUAUCGGCGAUAUUUGUAGGUGCAUGCAUAAUUAUAAUGGCGUUUUACAAAUUUGUGCUGCACUCGUCAAUUCGAGCGUCUAUAGAUUGAAAAAGACAUGGGAUCGAAUUCCUAAACCUACUAAAGGAGUUGUAGAAAAGCUUCAAAAUCUCGUCUCGUCUGAAGGCAGAUUUAAAAAUAUGCGUGAUGCUCUGCACCGAUCUGACCCACCCUGCAUACCUUAUUUGGGAAUGUACUUAACAGAUUUGUCCUUUAUUGAAGAAGGAACACCGAACAAAACUGAAGAGGGUUUAGUCAAUUUCUCUAAAAUGAGAAUGAUCGCUCAUGUGAUCAGGGAAAUUCAACAGUUCCAAAAUACUCCCUACCGUAUCGAACAUCAUAAACGUGUAACAAAUUACAUCCUGGAUACGUCGAAACUCCUAGAUGAUGAUUCAACCUACAAAGCGUCUCUCGCUAUCGAACCUCGUCAGGCGCGUAUUUCGGUAAACGCUCAAACAGCUUUUUCACAUCGGCCGUCUCUCGGCGACGUUCUUUCGCCCCGCUAA